ACACAUACACUACACUACAUACACACAUACACACUACACUACAUACACAAGACACACACACGCAGACACUCCCAGGGGCUGUGACAUUUCUCCGAGGAGCCGAGCCGGUCUGGCCGGUCCCCGGCAGAGCCCCGCACCCGGUGGUAGCGGGGACCGGGUCGGCCACACCCGGACCCCGGCGUUGAGACCCAACCCCAAGCGGAGCGAGAGGCGUGGGAGCCCCGCUGAGUGAGAGCGAGAGAGAGGAGACGGAGGACAAAGAGAGGCAGCAUCUGUUGGAGGCCACACGAGGAAUUCCUACGAGCAGCAUCUGCCACAGACGCUCAUCCGCAGCAAUAACAGGACCGCCGUGGUGUACCCCCCGCUGCGAUGCCUGCAGCGCGACCGUACCGCGACCAGAGCUACUCGGCACUGCGCAAGGCGUGCCUUGGGCGCCGGGAGCUCUUCACGGACCCGCUCUUCCCGCACGUCAACGCCUCGCUCUUCUAUCAGAAGAGCCCCCCCGGGGAGAUUGUGUGGAAGCGGCCCGGGGAGCUGUGCGAUGACCCGCGUCUCUUCGUCGAUGGCAUCAGCGCCCACGACCUGCAGCAGGGCUCCCUGGGGAACUGCUGGUUCGUGGCGGCCUCCUCCUGCCUCACCCUGCACCAGGAGCUCUGGACCAAGGUGAUCCCCGGCCACAAGAGCCAGGAGUGGGACCCGGCGCACCCCGAGAAGUACGCGGGGAUCUUCCACUUCCGCUUCUGGCGGUUCGGCGAGUGGGUGGACGUGGUGGUGGAUGACUCGCUGCCCACGCACCGCGGCCGGCUGCUCUUCUGCCACUCCAACACCGCCAACGAGUUCUGGUCAGCGCUCCUCGAGAAGGCCUACGCCAAGCUGUGCGGCUGCUACGAGGCGCUGGAUGGCGGCAACACGAGCGACGCCCUCGUGGACUUCACGGGCGGCGUCUCCGAGUCCAUCGACCUGGCCGAGGAGAAGUUCUCGGAGAAGGACGCGGAGAGAGCUGCGCUCUUCACCAGCAUGCUCAAGGCCUACGGGCGCGGCGGGCUGCUCAGCUGUUCCAUACGCGCUCUGGCCUCGACGGAGAUGGAGGCGCGCCUGGACUGCGGCCUGGUGAAGGGUCAUGCGUACUCGGUGACCGCCGUGCGCCGCGUGCGGUUAGGCGAGGGCCUGGUUGCGUUCUUCCGCGCGGAACGCCUCAACAUGAUCCGCAUGCGCAACCCCUGGGGCGAGAAGGAGUGGAACGGGGCCUGGAGCGAUGGCUCGGAGGAGUGGGCUCGUGUGAACAAAGGCGAGAGAGAGAAACUGGGCGUCACCGUUUCCGAUGACGGAGAGUUUUGGAUGACGUUUGAUGAUUGGUGCAAGCACUUUACAGACCUCGUGCUUUGUCGCAUCAUCAACACGUCAUACUUGAGCUUCCACAAGACGUGGGAGGAGGUGAUGCUGCGGGGACAGUGGCGUCACCACGACGACCCCCACAGCAACCGCGCGGGCGGCUGCAUCAACGACCGCACGCUCUUCCUGCAAAACCCACAGUUUGUGUUCGACGUGAAGAAGGAGACGGACGCCGUCCUCGUGUCCCUGCAGCAGCGCGAUCGGCGGGAGCACCGCAAGGAGGGCGCCGGAGAGAACCUGGCCAUGGGCCUCGAGAUAUUCAGGGUGGAGCAGAACCGCAAGUACCGCGUGCACACGAUCCAGGAGAAGAUGGCCGAGUCGGUGUACAUCAACUCAUGCAGCGUGUUCAUGCGCAAGGAGCUGCCGCAGGGCCGCUAUGUGGUGGUGCCCACCACCUUCCAGCCGGCAGAGGAGGGAGACUUCCUCCUCCGCGUCUUCACCGACGUCAAGUCCCAGUGCCGGGAGCUGCACAAGCACGCGCCAAAGCCGGGCUGCUGCACGUGUCUGGUCGGGUACCCCGUGCGUGUCACGUCCGUCCACCUGCUCAGUGCCGUGGGGCUGCCCGGGUCAGGAAGCAGCUGGUACGCAGUGGUGCGGGCCGAGGGCACGAAGGUUCGCUCCCGCGUGUACAAGAACAGCAGCCCUGAGUUUGACGCGCGCGCCAUCUUCUACCGCAAGAAGCCGAGCCGCCCCGUCACCGUGGAGGUGUGGGAGAAGGGCGUCCUGUCGGACUCGCUGCUGGGCCGCGUGGCCGUGCCCUCGGAGCCCACGCAGCAGAAGCAGCUCCACGUGCUGCGCCUCGAGCGCAAGGGCCAGGAGCUGGCCAGCAUGGUCAACGUGUGGGCCAGCACGCGCGACGCCCUUGACGAGCUGUGACCGCACUGCCUGCUGCACCGUGCGGACCGCGCCGUGCCUCUGCGUGUGUGUACACUGUGUCUGUGUGUGUGUACACUGUGUCUGUGUGUGUGUACACUGUG